AUAGAUCGUGUUUUCUGAACGAAACUGAUAACGAAACAGAACAAGAGCCAGCUACCUCGCACGCACACUGCAAUGCGCGAUUGGGAAAAUCAAAUCCCUAAACAAUAAUUUCAAUUUCAAUUUCAAUUUCAAUCAAAUCAGGGUUCAACUCUUUGGAGUGUGGUGCAUGAUCAUAUAAUCCACAGAGCAAUCCAUCGAUCUAUCUGCAAUGGGAAAAAAUCAAGCCUACAAAGCUAUGCAGAGAGCCAGGCUCGGUGGUGCCUCCGCCGGCCCCGACGAGGUUGAAGAUGGCAUGGUGGAUGGUUCAUUUCAUUCACCAGAGUGGCAUGCCGCUCGUUUGGCUAGCCUUAAAACCUCUCACACAAUUACAUGGGAAGAGUACAAGAAGAAACAAAAGGAAGAAGAACUGAAAAAGGGGGAGCUGGAAGCAGAUGCAGAUAGGAUGAUGAGGGAGUACAGGGCUCAACUAGAUGCUGAAAGGGCUCGCAAACUUUCCCAGGGAAGAAAUCACUCAAGUAGUAAGUCUAAACAUUCAAAAGAUAAGAGGGACAAAAUUUCAAAGAAGCACAGCAGCAAAAAACGAAAGCAUUCAAGAAGAUCUUCUCCAUCUAGCUCCUCUUCAUCAUCCUCAUACUAUUCCAGUAGUGAAGAAGAAGAGAGAGUGUCAAAAAGAUCCAAGUCCAGGUCUAAGCGAUCAAAGAAGGAAAAGAAGCACAAGUCAAAAAGCAAGGAUUCUGGAUCCGAUAGUGAAGAUAGUGGUGGUCCAGUUCGCCUCUCAAAAUUCUUUGGGGCAGCAAGAGUUGAUAGUGGUUGAAUAUUUGGUUCUGUAUCAUAAAAUUGUUUUCUGCAAAUAGUAAAUUACAGUCAGCUUUAAUUUUGUGAUCAACGUAUUCUUUACAGAUUUGUAAUUUAUGUUAUAUUCUGUGUUCUCUUUCAAGAAGUUUAUUGUCUUUUGGGUUAA